UACGUCACGUCACUAGUUAUCUUCGAAAGGUCGGCAGGGUCAGUGGAAGUGAUCGGCGAAUAUUUUAAUUUUUCAAUAAAAUUCUGACACUUCCCUUUUAAUACUCACGCGAAGAUGUUCUCCCGCGCCCUGAAGCCUGUUGGCACACUCGCCGUUCAAAAUGGAGCCAAGAGCUUCUCCACAUCCCCUCAGAGGAAUUUCAAAGUUGUGGUGGCGGGUGCGGCUGGUGGUAUUGGCCAGCCCCUGGCCCUGCUGAUCAAACAGAACCCACUGGUGACCCAGCUGGCGCUAUACGACCUGGCGCCGGUCACGCCCGGCGUGGCCGUGGACCUGUCCCAUAUGAACACCGUUGCCAAGGUCACUGGCCACAAGGGCCCUGAGGAACUGCCUGCCGCUAUUAAAGGCGCGGACCUGGUCGUGAUCCCCGCCGGCGUGCCCCGCAAGCCUGGCAUGACCCGCGACGACCUCUUCAACACCAACGCCUCCAUCGUGCGCGACCUGGCGCAGGUGGUCGCUGAACAGUCCCCCAAGGCGAUCAUGGCUAUCAUCACCAACCCCGUCAACUCCAUGGUGCCUAUUGCCUCUGAAGUACUGAAGAAGGCCGGCUGCUACGACCCCAACCGCGUCCUCGGCGUGACGACCCUCGACGUGGUGCGCGCGGCCGCCUUCAUCGGCGAGAUCAACGGCGUCGACCCCCAGUCCGUCCAGAUCCCAGUCAUCGGAGGACACUCCGGAGUCACCAUCAUCCCGGUCCUCAGCCAGAGCAAGCCGGCUGUCAAGCUGACCGACCAGGGCAAGAUUGAGGCCUUGACCAAGAGGAUACAGGAGGCUGGUACUGAGGUGGUGAAGGCGAAGGCCGGCGGCGGCUCCGCGACGCUCUCCAUGGCGUACGCCGGCGCGCGCCUCGCCAACGCCGUCCUGCGCGGUCUUAACGGCGAAUCCAACGUCGUGGAAUGCGCGUACAUCAAAUCCGACCUGACCGAGGCUUCAUACUUCGCCAACCCGCUGGUGUUCGGCAAGGGCGGCGUCGCCAAGAACCUCGGCUACGGCGCCCUCAACGCCUACGAGCAACAGCUGCUCAAGGAGGCCAUCCCUGAGCUCAAGAAGAACAUCGUCACUGGAGAGAAAUUCGUCAACAAGUAGAUGGAUAAUAUUGUGGAAAUGUCAUUGUAACGCGGUUAAGUUUUUGAACUCUAGCCGCACUAACAAGACCAAUUGUUGGCAAAACUCUUUAACAUUUUACCAGGCUAAGGGAUAUAUAUUUCCCACAUACGGUAUGUGGGAAAUAAAUGUCCGGUACGGUAUGUGGGAUAUAUAUUUCCCACAAACGGUAUGUGGGAAAUAUAUAUCCCUGACACAUGGCACUUCAAACAUGUGUUCUAUUUUCGAAUUCGAUUGUCAUUUUUGAACUGUCAGCCUGGUAAAGGGUUCAAUCCAUAUAAAGGAAAUAAGGGAUUGCCGACUUUAGCCAACGAAAUGCGAUUUUGAUUAGUCUAACUCUAAAGAUUCAAAAUAUAAUGCCUUUUAAAAGGUCCCUGGGCUAGAGGAUAACACUGCUAUGAUAUGCCGUAAACGCUUGUGUGACAGCGAUAAAACAUAUUAUAGCUGUAAUAUUAUUGGAAACUGGUUAAAUUUUCUUAACCGUUUUACCAAAAUAUCGCUGAAUUUUAACUGGUUACAAUGCUAUUUGUCAUUAAUUUAAGUAGAAGGCCAGGCGCGGAAAUCGAUUUAUGUUUAAGUGUAUUGUUUAAGUAUCGAACGUUAACUGUUACAUAUUUAUUUAAAUAAUUAUUAUCAAGUUUUUUACAAAAAAACUUUUUUUAUAUCAUUUUUUAUCUGGCAUAGUUAAAAACUGAUAUUUAUACACCAUAAUACAGUAUUGAAUCAUCUUAGCAUCCGCUCUGGCCCAUUGGUAGCGUGGUAAAUAGAUAAACCCCGUAUGUACACUUAGUAUUUCAUCUGCAUUUCGAGCAAAGUUAUUUUGAUACCGUCAGACUUAAAAUAAAAGUUUAUAGUGUCUAAUAGUAUCUAAAUAUUGAACCAAGUAUUGUGGUCGAGGUAUUACGUAGCACCUAUUGCCAAAGUUACCAUGUUUGAGUGAGGACGAGUGUUUGUAAAUAUAUUGAGUGUCUGGAUGUGGUAAUAAAUGUUACUACACUUU